AUGCGAGUCGACUUCAGACAAUUGGAUCAUCUGGCUCUCAAAGAGCUUUUGUGUCCAUUGAAGCGAGAUUCAGUUGAGAUUUCUGAGGGUCCGCCGAAGCAAGUGAUGGUGAUCGAGAGGGGGACAGUGAACAUGCCCUGUGAUUUAUAUCCUCCGGCACCGGGGGAUAAAGUCGUACUCGUCUUAUGGUACCGACUCGACAUCAAAACACCUCUCUACACGUUCGACGUGAGGGGGCGAGAUUUCAUCAAUGCUAACAAGUGGGCGGACCAGCGGUAUUUAGGUCGAAGGGCGUCCUUCAGCCCCGAGGAUCGGCAGACGCCCUUGACCUUGGAGGACAUCAGAGUGCCAGACCAGGGCAUUUACCGCUGUCGAGUGGACUUCAAGUUCUCUCCCACUCGCAACUCCUUGGUCAACCUCACUGUUAUCGGUCCCGAAAGGAUUGUGAUAGAUCGACUCCGGAAACUCAAAUCGAUCAGCUGCAUCCCCUCCCUCGACAUAAAGGAAUUAGGACGUAUGAGAAUUCCCUUCUUCCUCCUGGGGCUUGAGGAGGACUAUGAAGGAGGACAAGUGGUCGUGGUUCAUCUUCCCCCGCCGAUUCCGAAAAUCCUGGACGCAAAGGGACAAGAAGUGGAUACCAUCGUGGGCCCCUACAACGAGGGAGACGACUUGGUCCUCAUUUGUCAAACUGAAGGAGGCGUACCCCUUCCCCGACUGAGCUGGUGGAGAGAAGGGCGGGAGUUGCCGUCGACCACACGCACGGUGGACAGCAUCGUCCGGGCCACGCUAAGGAUCAAGGACCUCAACAGAACGGACUUGAGGGAGAAAUUCACUUGUCGGGCCGAGAAUAACAACAUCACCAUCCCGGCUAGACACGUCGUCACUCUCGACAUGAACUUCAAACCUGUCCGAGUGAGCAUCUUAAGCAAGACUCCGCGGGUGUCGGCCAAGAAACAUGAAAAGCUAGUGUGUCAGAGCGCCGGUGGGAGACCCCAUACGCGAAUCACCUGGUGGAUCGGUGACAAACGGCUCCGCGAAUCAAAGGAAGCGACGGCUGGAGACGGCAGCACAGUGACAAGCACAUUGAAAUUCGCGGCAGAGAAGGAAAACUCAGGGAAAAUCCUGACCUGCCGGGCUGAGAAUCCCAGCAUCCCGUUGAGUGCCAUCGAAGACCAUUGGACUCUUGAAGUCGACUACGUGCCUGAGCUGAAGUUGAAGUUGGGACGGUCGUUACAAGAGUCUCAGUUCCAGCAGGGGAUCGAAGAGGGGAAAGACGUGUAUUUCGAAUGCCUCGUCUCAGCCAGCCCCCCUGCUCCCAACGUCUAUUGGUUCCACGAUGGAAAGGAAUUGGGGCAUAACGUGAGUGAAGGGGUGAUCCUCAGCAAUCGAAGCCUGGUCCUGCAAAGGGUUGAUCGAAGUCGGACCGGGGACUAUUCGUGCAGGGCCACGAACACCGAGGGCACCGGGAUCAGCAACUCCCUUGCGCUCUUGGUUAAGUUUGUUCCAGUAUGCGCAGAGGAGCAGGGACAGCGAGUGUAUCGGAUCGGAGUCCUUGAAGAGACCCAGGUCCAAUGCCUCGUCGCCUCCGUCCCCCCCGCCACAAACUUCUUGUGGAGAUUCAACAACACUUCAGAUUCUGUCGAAAUUCCCAAAGAACGAUUCACAAUCGAGGGAGCAAGAAGCUUGCUUCAAUACAUCCCAAUGACGGAAUUAGACUACGGGACCCUGAGAUGCUGGGCCAGCAACGAACUUGGGACCCAGAAGGAACCCUGCAUCUACCAUAUCAUACCCAUCAGGAAACCGAGUCCGCCGUUCAACUGCACUCUGAGCAAUUACACGCCGGACUCCGUGGAGCUUCGGUGCCAAAAGGAGGAGAGCCCGAGCAGCGCCUCGGCGUUUAUCCUUGAAGUCCGAGACGAGGACAGUCAAGAUGUGAUGGUGAACAUUUCCAGCACACAUCCCGUGUUCCAUGUCAAGGGUCUUCUACCGGGCAAGGGUGUCCACUUGUCCAUUUACGCUGUGAAUUCCAAAGGCAAAAGCGAGACAAUCACCCUACAUGCAAGCAUACCUGCGGCUGCUGCCAAUCGAACAGGGAAGGUGACGGACUUGGUGCUGACACCCCUAUUGGGAAUCCUAUUGGGGGUUGUGGGAGGACUGGUAUUGGUGGCCAUCGUGAUAUUGCUGGUGAUACGGUGCCGAAUAUGUAGUCGAGGACGGAGAGGAGGAGGAAAUGGUGGAGGAUGUCAUAGUAACCGGAAACGCGGUCCUUCGACCACGGACAUCCUGGACAAGACCAGUCUUCCUCUCCACAGCGCCCAGAGUGUCCCAGAAGAAGACUUUGACAUGGAGGAGAAAGAUCCAGACAUCAUUCCUCACAAAUACGAGCCCGGCUAUAUGGCGAUCCCGUCAUCGAACCUGACUCCCAUGCCUUGCUGCGCAGAGACUUCAUUGAACCGCUGCGAGGUCGCGGCUUGGGAUGAAAGACACUCUCAUAAGCAGCCGCUGGUGUACUCCCAGGCGACGUUACCCCGACCAGGAAGGAGCGUUCCGAGGGAACGUCUGGAAUCCAGUAGCACCGUGUAUGCCACCAUUGACCACCGAAUCCCUCCCCCGUCGGGGUUCGACGAUGCAUAUAGUUAUUCUCCUCCUACCCCCACCGUCCCUCUUGUCGCCAAAAGACCCGAAUCUAAGAAGAGAGUGAAUUUCGCGGAACCGGCUGUCAGCUGAUAACCACGACAUGAAUGACAUGGUGGAUUCCAGGCCAUCUGUUUGGAAGAGAGAGGAAGGGACAUCUAACUUUCUCUCUCCCUUCGUCAUCACUCCUCCUCAUUACAUUGUGAUAUCCUUCCCUUUCAUGGAAAUACAGUUUUUCCCC